AUGCCCACCACUACACCUAGCUCUACAGGCACAUUCGAUAGAAAUGAGAAUUUGAAAAUGUGCAAAUCAAGUAAUUUCAAACGCUUGUGGCUCGAUAAUCGAGGUGCUGUACUUGUACUCUGUGCCGAGGCGUGUGGCUCUUGUAUGGACGCCAUAGCAAGAUACCUGCAGCUGGGCGAAAAUGCCAUGCACCCGUUUCAAGUAAUUUUUGCUCGAAUGAGCAUGACAUUGGUCUUGAGCACUACAUACAUGCUCUGGACAAAGGGUCCAAAGUUCAUAAUGGGCCACGCCAACAUUCGGUCAUGGUUGAUAUGCAGAGCUCUCUUCGGAUUUUUCGGUCUGUUUUGUCUAUACUACUCAGUACAUUAUUUACCACUCGCAGAAGCAACUAUUUUCCGCUUUCUCGUUCCCUUGGUCACUACCAUCUCCUGUGCCCUUCUCCUCCAUCAGUCUUUUACUGUUGGCGAAUUCGUCGCAUCAGUUUUAGCCUUGAUAGGCAUUGUCAUCAUCGCGCAUCCUACCAAUAUAAAUACGCACUUCCACAACAAAAGCUUGGAACACUACAGCAAUGACCUUGAAAAAGUGAGUCCUACCCAGCGUACAAUUGCUAUCUUAGUAGCUUCACUGGGCGUUCUAGCUGCUUCGGGAGCUUACACAUGUAUCCGCAUGAUUGGAGAACGUGCCCACGCCCUUCUUUCCGUUAUAUACUUUUCGGUCGCUGGAACAAUCGGCCCGGCACUAAUUCUUCUGCUUAUUCCUGGCAUAACCUUCACCAUCCCGUGCGGUUGGCAAUGGGCUUUCUUGGUCUUAUUAGGUCUUUUGGGCUUCGCCCUACAAUUUCUUCUCACGAAAGGUCUACAGUUAGAUAAGAACGGCAAAGCUACGAGCAUGCUUUAUUCUCAGAUCUUAUUCGCCUUACUCUUAGAUUGGCUGUUAUGGGGCAAUUUGCCCAAUCCAUGGAGUCUCAUUGGAGGGGCCUUGGUGAUCACGAGUACAGUUGGUUCGGCCGUAGCAAAGUCAUCAAGCCAAAGAAACAAGGUUUUCGGUAAGAAUGAUGAGGAAAGACCGUUGCUGGUUAAUCGCACAGAGGCGGAAGAUACAGGCCCAGACCAGGUAAUUGAUCAUGAACCUCAGUAG